CAUACAAAAGGCCUAUUUUUCCCCACUGUGUAAAACAAUAAAGUGUGGAAACUUGCACAUGACGAGUGGAGGCGUGACCCAGAUGCGGGGCGCAUAUGAGCGACCUCGGAGUCGAGACAGGCACCAAACGCCUGGUUGCCGACCUCCCGCACAAGUUCCCCGGUCGGCUGAAUGGAGCAAGUCAACGUAGAAGUGGCUAUAAAUGCCUGCUGAUCGCCUGAAGCCCGGCCACACUCAAGCCAUGGACCCCAAGUCACCUCUGUUCAAGGUCAUUUUAUUGGGCGACGGCGGUGUGGGGAAGUCCUCCCUCAUGAACCGCUUUGUUACCAACAAAUUUGAUUCCCACCUCUUCCACACUAUCGGCGUGGAGUUUCUCAACAAGGAACUAGAGGUGGACGGCCAAAGUAUCAGCUUGCAGAUCUGGGACACGGCAGGCCAGGAGCGCUUCCGGAGCCUGCGCACACCCUUCUACCGCGGCUCCGACUGCUGCCUGCUCACUUUCAGCGUGGAUGACGCGCAAAGCUUCCUCAACCUUGGCAACUGGAAAAAAGAGUUCAUCUACUAUGCUGACCUCAAGGAGCCCAACAUGUUCCCCUUUGUUGUGCUGGGCAACAAACUGGAUGUGGACAAGCGGCAGGUGUCGAGGGAGGAUGCGCAGCAGUGGUGCCGUGACCAUGGAGGACUGGCCUACUUUGAGACCAGCGCCAAGGAUGCUACUAAUGUGGCAUCUGCCUUUGAAGAGGCGAUUCGUCGAAUCCUCACGCUGGACAACCGCGCUGACCACCUCAUCUACACCAACAUGGUGGACCUGAGUACUCAGAGAGGCUCUGAUUCCAGCUGCUGCUGAAGUGGUCUCGACUUUGGGUAUCCUAUUCCUUCCUCUUCCCUCCUCCCCAUCCAUAAUAGCUGUAGCAAGUUAUGAACUAUCGAGGUUGGUACCGUCAGAGCCGAUCCAUUCCUCCAUAGGGCCCUGAAUAAAAUUUGAUAUUGCGAAAAGACGCACCAAUACUGUACGUCUGUACUCAUACUCUUAAAAAUGCUCA